AUGCCCCUCCCUAAGGAGAUGUCUCCCCCAACGUAUCUCGCCGCUGCCACCAUUGUUACGUCCGGGUUUUGGAUUUUGGUAUUUGUGAUGAGACAAUUUCCUAGUUUUUCAGGAACGCUGAAACCUUACCUAGCAGCAGUGAGGAGAACGCUUACUGCUGCUAUGUGUCUGGAGAACUUCUCCUCUCAGAUAGUUGAGAAACACAAUAAACCUGAGGUUGAAGUGCGAGCUAGUAAAGAACUUCUUCUAACACCGAUACUAAUAAGCAGAAACGACAAAGAGAAAGUGUUGAUCGAAUCGAGUAUAAACAGUAUGAGAAUAAGUAUCGCCGUGAAACAGGCCGACGAUCUGGAGAAACUUCUUUGUCAUAAUUUUACAAGAUUCAUGACAAUGAGAGCAGAGCAUUUUAUUAUUCUUAGGAGAAAGCCAAUAGAGGGUUAUGAUAUUAGUUUUUUAAUUACAAACAUCCAUGUAGAACAAAUGUACAAACACAAGAUCGUAGACUUUGUGAUUUAUUUCAUGGAAGAAAUUGACAGAGAGAUCAGCGAGAUGAAACUGUCCAUGAAUGCAAGAGCUCGCAUCUGUGCGGAAGAAUUUCUAAAAAGGUUUUAAUUCCACGGACACAAAGUGUUAGCAACAUAGCAAUAAUCGCAAACGCCAGGUCACUAAAAGCAACAGUGCCCAUAAAUCAAUCUGGUUGAUACGUAGCCAGACGAUAUUUUAACGGAUUAAUCUUUUAAACUGACUUCAAACACUUUUUAAUCCAAACACGCCAAUCCCUAAUUAUCGUCCGUUUUCGAACAAAAAAAAAAAUUCAUUCGAACAUGAAUAUAUACAUUUAUCGAGUAAUCACUGUCAUCUCCAGCUGUGUGUGUAACGAAUAACAAGUCUGACGUACAUGUAAGUACCUUAACGGUAUUAAAUUCAGCACGAUUACCGCGAGUAUAUUCGCUGACCUCGUGCGUUUCUUUCCCUCGAGACGAGGAAAGCCGAAACACUUACUGGUGGUGUAUGAAUCAAGCGUGCAAUUCCUUUUUGCAUUUAUAAAGUUCUAUUUAUCUUACGAAUCACUGUAUCCAUAUGAUUUAAUACUAAUGUAAAUACAAAUAAACGAGAAGAAUCAUCGUA